GAAGCUCUUGACUUACGCGUCCACACUCUGACGCGUACUGUGAUAUUCUUGCUUGUUCAUUCUUGCUUCUUACCCUCAUCUUCACUUCACUAUGUCUUCAGUUCAGCCACCAAACCCGCCUCCGGAGGACAACAAUAAUGAGAAGAAGCCAGAGGCGUCCACUUCAGCCACUAAUGCGGCUACCCAGGAUGCCGACUUGAUGGACACUACACCAGACCAACCUCCAGAAGAGACUUGGGAUGAUAUUCCGGAGGAGAUUAUUUCCCUGUCUACGGACGAGAUCCUGACGAGGACACGGCUGAUUGACAAUGACCUGAAGGUUAUGCGCUCGGAGACUAUGCGGUUACAACACGAGCAGAAUGUAAUGAAAGAGAAGAUUCGGGAUAACGGAGAGAAGAUUAAACAGAACAAGGUCCUACCGUAUCUUGUAGGAAACGUUGUGGAGAUUCUCGACGUCGAUCCUGAAGGCGAGGAAGAUGGUGCGAACCGUGACUUGGACUCUAUGCGCAAGGGCAAGUGUGCAGUAAUCAAGACUUCAACACGACAGACUGUCUUCCUCCCCCUUAUCGGUCUUGUUCCACCGGAGAAGCUGAAGCCAGGCGACCUAAUCGGUGUCAAUAAAGAUUCAUAUCUCGUGCUUGACACUCUUCCCGCCGAAUUCGAUUCACGUGUAAAGGCUAUGGAGGUUGACGAGCGACCAACGGAGACGUACACAGAUAUUGGUGGUCUUGAGAAACAGAUUGAGGAGCUCGUCGAGGCAAUCGUAUUGCCAAUGGAGCAGGCGGAUAAAUUCAAGACCAUAGGUAUCAAACCACCUAAAGGUUGUCUUAUGUAUGGCCCUCCUGGUACCGGAAAGACGCUGCUAGCUCGUGCAUGUGCUGCCCAGACAAAGGCUUGCUAUCUCAAGCUUGCUGGUCCUUCACUGGUACAAAUGUUCAUUGGUGACGGUGCGAAACUUGUACGAGAUGCCUUCGAGCUGGCCAAGCAGAAGGCACCUGCCAUCAUCUUCAUCGACGAGUUGGACGCCAUCGGUACAAAACGAUUCGACUCUGAGAAGAGUGGUGACCGUGAAGUCCAGCGAACCAUGCUGGAGCUUCUAAAUCAACUGGACGGUUUCAGCAGCGACGAUCGUAUCAAGGUCAUCGCCGCAACAAAUCGUAUCGAUAUUCUGGACCCUGCCCUCCUUCGAUCUGGUCGUCUGGACCGUAAGAUCGAGUUCCCGCUUCCCAACGAAACUGCCCGUGCACGUAUUCUGGAGAUCCACUCAAGAAAGAUGUCAGUCAGUUCCGAUGUCAACUAUGAAGAGCUUGCGAGGAGUACAGACGAGUUCAACGCGGCACAAUUGAAAGCAGUUUGUGUUGAGGCCGGUAUGAUCGCUCUGCGGGAAGGCGCAUCGAAGUUAAGUCAUGAACAUUUCCUUAGUGGAAUCAUGGAAGUACAAGCUAAGAAGAAGAAUGACCUUAUGUAUUUCGCAUAGACAUCUAUAUUCGGCUUUUCCGCACCCUUGCAUGUAUUCAUUAUUCUUUCCUUCCCUUCAGCGAUGCGAGAUGCUUUUGUUGCAUGCGAUACUCAGUCAUCUAGAAAUCUUUCCGACGUCGGGCUUUCCGUAUUGAGCUGACUUAUUACCUUCUCUAACAAGGUCUAGGUUUGUCUGAGGCCAGUUUAGACCGGCAGGGAACUUCGAGGCACAGACUCCGAACGUAUGGGGAAGAGACGCCGACAACAGUUUCUCCUUCACCUUCAUCAUCCAUGUCUUCACUCGUCUCAUUGCUUUCCUUCAGUGCGCAUUCCGCCGAUGUGUAAUUUGGUAAGUCUGGCAUCUCUGUCUAUACCCAAAUUCGUCAUUGUCUUUUGGUUCCACAGACAUAAGUGAUGUCGUAUGGCCACUUUCGGCAACAACUCCAGAGGAUGUAUCCCUCGUUCUUGACUUCAUCAUCAUGAUCAUCAUGAAUAUG